GGGGGUUUACACACACAUAAAAUAAGCUCCACAUGGCAUAAGAAAUGUAGUUUCUUACUGUACCUUGAUGUUUUGUAGCUGAUGGACAGGAUGGGCCCGCUGGCCCGAGAGGACAGGAAGUCCAUCGAGAACAAUAUCAGAGUAUGUUUGUCCACCAACAAGUGCUUUGUCAAGAUUCCUUUGGUUCCCGACUGCCUGGGCAGCAAGCGUAACUUCUGGAAGCUGGACCUGAGUCACAUCACCACCAAAAUGGUGCGCCGUCACUUUCAGGAUCUCUUGGAUUUCUUCCCUGAGCUGAGCGGCCGGAGUAAGGACGGCACGUGGAGCGCAGCACCACCGCUGCCGUUACCACCGCCGCCGCCUCCGCCGCCAUCUGUCCAGAUAAGCUGCGAGGUCAAGUUCAGCGGGCCUUUCUCCAUCGAGUCCCUGCUGAAACGGGACAGCCCGGCCCCCGCCAGAACCUCGCCGCUCGUCAACGUCCCCGUACAGAGCGACUACCCUCGUCUUUAUCAUUCCACGCCACUGGACCAGAAGCGCCGCAUCAGCGGGGAUGAGGAAAGUCUCCUGUCCGGGCACUACCAUAGUUUUGUGUCAUGUCCAGCAGGAGGCGCCGCCCACCACAAAACAAGCAAACCGUUCUGCACCGGACCCCCAUUCCCCACUUACGCAGUCACCCCCUUUAACCAAUCAUACAACCCGAUCCCUACUUAUGAUCCACACCGCUUUUUUUUCUGAACUUUUUUUUUUUUUUUUAGCAAAACAAAAAAAAAAAGCAC